GUCCCUCCUCGGCGCCGCCUGAGCGCCCGGCCCGACCCCGCCAUGGGGUGCUGCUAUAGCAGCGAAAACGAGGACUCGGACCAGGACCAGGAGGAGAGGAAGCUGUUGUUGGACCCCAGUAACACCCCUACCAAAGCCCUCAAUGGAGCCGAGCCCAGCUACCAUAGCCUGCCUUCAGCUCGCACAGAUGAGCAGGCCCUGCUUUCCUCCAUCCUUGCCAAGACAGCUAGCAACAUCAUUGAUGUGUCUGCCGCAGACUCCCAGGGCAUGGAGCAGCAUGAGUACAUGGACCGGGCAAGGCAGUACAGUACCCGCUUGGCUGUGCUUAGCAGCAGUCUGACCCAUUGGAAGAAGCUGCCACCGCUGCCAUCUCUCACCAGCCAGCCCCACCAAGUGCUGGCCAGUGAGCCUAUCCCUUUCUCUGACUUGCAGCAGGUCUCCAGGAUAGCUGCUUAUGCCUAUAGUGCACUUUCUCAGAUCCGAGUGGAUGCGAAAGAAGAGCUGGUUGUACAGUUUGGGAUCCCAUGAAGAAAGGGGUCCUGGGACAGCUCUUCCCUCGUCUUCAUCCCGUCUCCACCCCACCUCUUCUGGCCCCCAGCCUCACUGUGGCUUUCUACAGAACCCAACCUGCUACUAAUCACGGAGAAGAAUGUGGAGGACAAGAAUAAGGCUAGAAGCCAGAGCAAGUGAGGACUGAGCAAGGGAAGGGAGAACCGAUUGCCAUCGGCCUUCAUGCUCUGGUUAGGGUGAGGUUGGGGCCAAGAGGACUGGGCCUGGCAGAUCUUCAAGUCAUUGGGAAGAUGGAGAUACCACUGUAGGGGUGAACACCGGGAGACCUAGGAGAUCCCCUCCCCACCCUUUCUCUUGGCCUCCGAUUCACUCCUGUCCCGUUCCCUGACUUGGUGCUCAUAGGCACCUCACUGGGAAUUAUGACCAGGGUCUAGACAAGCUUGAAUCUGAAUUGAGUUUGUAUUUCUAGCACCCUGGAUUUUUACAUGUUUGCUCUUUUUGUUUUUUGUUUGUCACCCCUCGAUAAAGAAAGUAUAUUCA